AUGGUGCGCCCUGCGGUCCCCGCAGGUGGCAAGCACAGUGAGCGACAUCCAGCCCUUGCUGCCCCACUGCGACAUGCUGAGCGCAGCCCAGGAGGCGCUCUACCACCCAGACAUCUCCUUCAGCAACCAGCAGCAGAGCGUGCCACUACUCAUCGUGGACAAGGGCCCCGUGGAGCUACCAGAGGAGGUCGUGGUCCAGGUGCCCAAGGAGCCCAGAGUGCAGCCCAAGCUUUCAGCCGUGCCCCAAUUCCGAUGGCUGUGGUCCGCAGAGAGCUCUCCUGUGAGAGCUACCCCAUAGAGCUCCGCUGUCCAGGAACGGAUGUCAUCAUGAUAGAAAGUGCCAACUAUGGGAGGACUGAUGACAAAAUUUGUGACUCUGACCCUGCUCAGAUGGAGAAUAUCCGAUGCUACCUGCCAGAUGCCUAUAAGAUUAUGUCUCAAAGGUGCAAUAACAGAACGCAGUGUGCAGUGGUGGCAGGUCCUGAUGUUUUUCCAGACCCGUGUCCAGGAACCUAUAAAUACCUUGAAGUGCAGUAUGAAUGUGUCCCUUACAAAGUGGAACAAAAAGUUUUUCUUUGUCCUGGACUACUAAAAGGAGUAUACCAGAGUGAACAUUUGUUUGAAUCUGACCACCAAUCUGGGGCAUGGUGCAAAGACCCUCUACAGGCUUCUGACAAGAUUUAUUAUAUGCCCUGGACUCCCUACAGAACCGAUACCCUGACUGAGUACUCAUCCAAGGAUGACUUCAUUGCUGGAAGGCCAACUACAACCUACAAGCUUCCUCACAGGGUGGAUGGCACAGGAUUUGUAGUGUAUGAUGGAGCUUUGUUUUUCAACAAAGAGCGCACCAGGAACAUAGUAAAAUUUGAUUUGCGGACUAGAAUAAAGAGUGGAGAGGCGAUCAUAGCAAAUGCCAAUUACCAUGAUACCUCCCCUUACCGAUGGGGAGGCAAAUCUGACAUAGACCUGGCAGUGGAUGAAAAUGGGCUCUGGGUAAUCUAUGCAACAGAACAAAAUAAUGGUAAAAUUGUCAUUAGUCAAUUGAACCCUUACACCCUACGGAUUGAAGGGACAUGGGAUACUGCGUAUGAUAAAAGAUCAGCUUCCAAUGCAUUUAUGAUUUGCGGGAUUCUGUAUGUGGUCAAAUCCGUAUAUGAGGAUGACGACAAUGAAGCCACGGGGAAUAAGAUUGACUACAUUUACAACACCGACCAAAGUAAGGAUAGUUUGGUGGAUGUACCCUUUCCCAAUUCAUACCAGUACAUAGCAGCUGUGGAUUACAACCCCCGGGACAACCUUCUUUACGUAUGGAAUAAUUAUCACGUCGUGAAAUACUCUUUGGAUUUUGGACCUCUGGAUAGUAGAUCAGGGCAGGCACAUCAUGGACAGGUGUCCUACAUCUCUCCACCUAUUCACCUUGACUCUGAGCUAGAGAGACCCCCUGUUAGAGAAAUCUCUACCACAGGACCUCUUGGCAUGGGAAGCACCACCACCAGUACCACCCUACGGACCACAACAUGGAGCCCAGGCAGAAGUACCACCCCAUCAGUGUCAGGAAGACGAAACCGGAGCACCAGCACCCCGUCUCCAGCUGUGGAGGUGCUUGAUGACAUGACCACACAUCUGCCAUCAGCAUCGUCCCAAAUCCCAGCUCUGGAGGAGAGCUGUGAAGCUGUGGAAGCCCGAGAAAUCAUGUGGUUUAAGACCCGUCAAGGACAGAUGGCCAAGCAGCCGUGCCCUGCAGGAACAAUCGGAGUAUCAACUUAUCUCUGUCUGGCUCCUGAUGGAAUCUGGGAUCCCCAAGGACCGGAUCUUAGCAAUUGUUCUUCUCCUUGGGUCAACCAUAUAACACAAAAGUUGAAAUCUGGAGAGACAGCUGCCAACAUUGCUAGAGAGCUGGCUGAGCAAACAAGAAAUCAUCUGAAUGCUGGAGACAUCACCUACUCAGUCCGUGCCAUGGACCAGCUGGUAGGCCUCUUAGAUGUACAACUCCGGAACUUGACCCCAGGAGGAAAAGAUAGUGCUGCACGGAGUUUGAACAAGCUUCAGAAAAGAGAGCGCUCUUGCAGAGCCUAUGUCCAGGCGAUGGUCGAGACAGUUAACAACCUCCUCCAGCCACAAGCCUCAAAUGCGUGGAGAGACCUGACUAUAAGCGAUCAACUACGGGCAGCGACCAUGUUGCUUGACACUGUGGAGGAAAGUGCUUUUGUGCUGGCUGAUAACCUUUUGAAGACUGACAUUGUCAGGGAGAACACAGACAAUAUUCAAUUGGAAGUUGCAAGGCUGAGCACAGAAGGAAACUUAGAAGACCUAAAAUUUCCGGAAAACAUGGGUCACGGAAGCACUAUCCAGCUUUCCGCAAAUACUUUAAAACAAAAUGGCCGAAACGGAGAGAUCAGAGUAGCCUUUGUCCUAUACAACAACUUGGGUCCUUAUUUGUCCACGGAGAAUGCCAGCAUGAAGUUGGGAACAGAGGCUUUGUCCACCAAUCAUUCUGUUAUCGUCAAUUCCCCUGUUAUUACAGCAGCAAUAAACAAAGAGUUCAGCAAUAAGGUUUAUUUAGCUGAUCCUGUGGUGUUCACUGUUAAACAUAUUAAGCAGUCCGAGGAGAAUUUCAACCCUAACUGUUCAUUUUGGAGCUAUUCCAAGCGCACAAUGACAGGUUAUUGGUCAACACAAGGCUGCCGGCUGCUGACAACAAAUAAGACACACACUACAUGCUCUUGCAAUCACCUAACCAAUUUUGCAGUACUGAUGGCACAUGUGGAAGUUAAGCACAGUGAUGCAGUCCAUGACCUUCUUCUGGAUGUGAUCACGUGGGUUGGAAUUUUGCUGUCACUUGUUUGUCUCCUGAUUUGCAUCUUCACAUUUUGCUUUUUCCGCGGGCUCCAGAGUGACCGUAAUACCAUCCAUAAGAACCUCUGCAUCAGCCUUUUUGUAGCUGAACUGCUCUUCCUGAUCGGGAUCAACCGAACUGACCAACCAAUUGCCUGUGCCGUUUUCGCUGCCCUCUUACAUUUCUUCUUCCUGGCUGCCUUCACCUGGAUGUUCCUGGAGGGAGUGCAGCUCUACAUCAUGCUGGUGGAGGUGUUCGAGAGUGAGCAUUCCCGGAGGAAAUACUUCUACCUAGUGGGCUACGGGAUGCCCGCACUCAUCGUGGCUGUGUCAGCCGCGGUAGACUAUAGGAGUUACGGAACAGAUAAAGUAUGUUGGCUCCGACUUGACACCUACUUCAUUUGGAGCUUUAUAGGACCAGCGACCUUGAUAAUUAUGCUUAAUGUAAUCUUCCUUGGGAUUGCUCUAUAUAAAAUGUUUCAUCAUACUGCCAUUCUGAAACCUGAAUCGGGCUGCCUUGAUAAUAUCAACUAUGAGGAUAACAGACCCUUCAUCAAGUCAUGGGUUAUAGGUGCAAUAGCUCUUCUCUGCCUAUUAGGAUUGACCUGGGCCUUUGGACUCAUGUAUAUUAAUGAAAGCACAGUCAUCAUGGCGUAUCUCUUCACCAUAUUCAAUUCUCUACAGGGAAUGUUUAUAUUCAUUUUCCAUUGUGUCCUACAAAAGAAGGUACGAAAAGAGUAUGGGAAAUGCCUGCGAACGCAUUGUUGUAGUGGCAAAAGUACAGAGAGUUCCAUUGGCUCAGGGAAAACAUCUGGUUCUCGAACUCCUGGACGCUACUCCACAGGCUCACAGAGCCGAAUUCGUAGAAUGUGGAAUGACACGGUCCGAAAGCAGUCAGAGUCUUCCUUCAUUACUGGAGAUAUAAACAGUUCAGCGUCACUCAACAGAGGAGCCAUGGCUAAUCAUCUUAUAAGCAAUGCUCUGCUUCGUCCGCAUGGUACUAACAAUCCCUAUAAUACAUUGCUUGGGGAACCGGCGGUCUGUAACAACCCUUCUGUCAGCAUGUACAACACACAAGAGGGGCUUCUGAACAAUGCCAGGGAUACAAGUGUCAUGGAUACUCUACCACUGAAUGGUAACCAUGGCAAUAGUUACAGCAUUGCCAGUGGUGAAUACCUGAGCAACUGUGUGCAAAUUAUAGACCGUGGCUAUAACCACAACGAGACCGCCCUAGAGAAAAAGAUUCUGAAGGAACUCACUUCCAACUAUAUCCCGUCUUACCUUAACAACCAUGAGCGCUCCAGUGAACAGAACAGGAAUCUGAUGAACAAGCUGGUGAAUAACCUCGGCAGCGGGAGUGAAGAUGAUGCCAUUGUCCUGGAUGAUGCCACCUCCUUUAACCAUGAGGAGAGUUUGGGCCUGGAACUCAUUCAUGAGGAAUCUGAUGCUCCUUUGCUUCCCCCAAGAGUCUACUCCGCAGAGAACCACCAGCCACACCAUUACACCAGAAGGCGGCUCCCCCAAGACCACAGUGAGAGCUUUUUCCCUUUGCUAACCAACGAGCACACAGAAGAUCUCCAGUCACCCCAUAGGGACUCUCUGUACACCAGCAUGCCGGCCCUGGCUGGUGUGCCUGCCACAGAGAGCGUUACCACCAGCACCCAGACCGAACCCCCACCGGCCAAAUGUGGUGAUGCCGAAGAUGUUUACUACAAAAGCAUGCCAAACCUAGGCUCCAGAAACCACGUCCAUCAGCUGCACACCUACUACCAGCUAGGGCGCGGUAGCAGUGAUGGAUUUAUAGUUCCUCCAAACAAAGAUGGGACCCCUCCAGAGGGCAGUUCAAAAGGACCAGCUCAUUUGGUCACUAGUCUAUAGAAGAUGACACAGAAAUUUAAGCCAACAGAACUGCUAACACCUGGUUGACUGUUCUGAGUUGAUAUAAGCAGUGGUGAUAAUGUGUGUACUCCUAAAUCUUUAUGCUGUUCUUGAGAGACAAACACAAACUUUCAGACUUUUUUUUUUUUAACUGGGAUUUUUAGGUCAGCCCAGGGGAGAAAGAUAACUGCUGAAAUUCCCCUGUGCCCUCUCCUUUCCUGUCUUUCCCCCUCAGAUGGAGACUUCAUUAUGUUAAUGAACGAGAUACGAAGAAAAUGGCACUCAUUGUGGCCUUGUUGAAUUCUGUUGUGUUUGUUCUAACAUCUCUGAUGCUCUGUUACUAUGAUAACAAGGACCUGAUUUUUAAAAGGCCAGAAUGGUUGUUUGAAAUGAGUAACAGUGCUGCAUCUAGAUUGGAGUGCUGCACAAACAUAAAAACAAAGCAAAACUGCAUCACAUAGCGGUUUUUAGUCACUCACAACCUGAAUUCACCGCAGCAGGAAUAGCUGUGGAAUACAAGAUAAAACAACAGAAUAAUGAAAUG